UAUAUAUAUAUACAUAUAUGUGUGUAUAUCGCGUGUGCUUUCUAUACAUAGAGUAUUACGAUUGUGUUAAGAGUUUUGUAGUGGUUGUAUAGUGGCAGGGGGAGGUCCUUAGCCCCCUUCGUGAGGCACACGCCGGUAAUGAGUGUUUAUACCAUAACUGCGGCGACACCAACAACGAGUACAAUAAUAUCAACAACAACGGCGACGACAACAACAGCAUUAACAGUAACGACGACGGCUACGCCAACAACAACGGCGCCGGCGGUUGCCGUGUCGCCUGAAGCUGCACCUGGUUGGAUAGAAUUUUGUGAGAGACACGCCCGCGCUUCGGCUUCUGAUUUUGCUAAAGCUUUCUGUACCUAUGUCAGUUUAAAUUUACCUGAAAGUGCUAGAUUAAAUCUUUCUCAUCAUGAUUUUUUAAAAAAAUUUGUUGAAAGUUUUUGUGAACACUUCGAAAACGAAUAUCUACGUCGUACAGUUAGAUCACCAUCUUUAUAUGACACAAGACAUAGUGCAACUAAUGAUAGAGAUAUUAAUGCUAUAAGUCAAAAUAAUAAUGCUCCUAUUCGUAUAUCAUCUCAUGAAGAAUUCAGUGAUUACUCUGAACAUGAUGGAGAUGCAAUAUCACCAAAACCAUCACACAAACCAUUUUUCCGUCGUUUAUCUUUUAAAGGACUUAAAAAAGGAAAAAGCCUUUUUCAUAAACAACAAAGUGAUGAAGUGGAAUUAUCUCAUAGUGAACAUCGUAGAGAUAAACAUUCAAAAGCUAAACUUUCUAAAAUUGUAGUAGAAUGUAGAAAAGAAGGCAUUGUUAAUUCCUUAAUGGGGGAGAAUAUUGAUGGAACUCAAAAAUGGGAAAAGUCUAGACUUGCUUUAAUAAAAGCAAUUGGUGGAUAUAUGUUAGAAUUUUAUUCUCCUCCAAAAGCAGUAAAACCACGCAGUGGUGUCUUUUGUUCUGCAAUUACUGAAGCCAGAGAAACAACUGCAUUAGAAAUGCCAGAUCAUGAAAAUACUUUUGUAUUAAAAACACAAAAUAUGGAAUUUGUAAUAGAAGCUCAUGAUUCAAAUGACAUGAGAUCAUGGUUAGCUACUAUUAAAUAUUGUAUGCGUACAGUACAACAAAAUUCUAUUAAUCCUAGUUCUGGAGUAGAGGCUACUGGAGAAUCUUUAGGUCAUACUUCAUUAGCUAUUAGUAAUGAAGGAGAUAGAUUAAGAACUAAUUCUGCAAGUAAAAGUUCUCGAUCUACUUCCCAUGAACAUGGAGAUGAAAUAGGUGGCAAUCCUCCAGAAAUACCUCCUAGACUUCGUAUAAGAAGUAAUAGUAAUUUGGAAUUAUGUUCAUCACAACAAGAUAUUGAACAAUUAAAUGUAAAUGAUGGUGAAUUAGAUUUAUCAAGUAGUUUAAGAGAAUAUCCAUGGUUUCAUGGAACUCUUCCUAGAUCAGAUGCAGCACAAUUAGUUUUACAUAGUGCUGCUAAUGGUCAUGGUGUAUUUCUUGUUCGACAAAGUGAAACAAGAAAAGGAGAAUUUGUAUUAACUUUUAAUUUUCAAGGUAGAGCAAAGCAUUUACGUAUGACAUUAAAUGAUCAAGGACAUUGUCGUGUUCAGCAUCUUUGUUUUCCUGCUAUAUAUGAUAUGCUUGAACAUUUUCGUCAGAAUGCCAUACCUCUUGAAUCUGGUGGAACGGCAGAUGUAACUCUCACAGAAUUUGUUGUGGCAAAUCAUGCAAUACGAUCAGCACAUCAUAAUAUGUCUGGAAUAAAUCAACAACAAUUACAAGAAAGAAGACCUCCAGCUGCUCCAGAGGCAAGAGAAGUGCGCACAUAUGGAGGUUCUAUAAGAACACGUACAGAAUCAUUGGAAAGAUUGGAACAACAAAACACCAAUACAGAACAACAAAGUUCAUCAUCAACUAGUGGUAGAGCAAUUCAAAAUACUUAUAGUUUUCUUUGACGUUGGAUCCAUAAUACUCUACCAUCGGGUUACAAUCCAGUUAGUCCUCUAGAUUAAGUAGUUUCUCCAUUAAUUUAGAAAAUCAAGAUAAUUUUUAGUUGAACUUAUUGUUAUUAUAAAUUGUCAUUCUAAAGUGUACUAUUUCACUUAUACAAAUAAUGUAUUUUUUAAUCAAUUAUUUCCGAUUAUUUCAACUUUGCAAGAUAAAAAUUACUUAUAUUUAUUAACAUAUUUACA